AGAAAACUAAUAUGGUAGCGAGAGAGAGGGAGAUAGAGGGUGACCACUCUGUGGAGGUUCCAUAACCCAGACGUCUCUUCUUCUCUCUGGUUUCUUAGUGCAAAAAUAUCUCUGUGUUUGGUUGUAAAGCUCAUUACUUUUUUGGAGCAGCGACCAAUUCGAACCGGGGAAGACAAAACAUCAUACCAGGAUCGAUCCGGGUUCUUGUUAGCAUCUCGCAUUCAUGUCGGAAGUUGAGUUUCAUUCCUCGGAAUUUUGGGGUUUUCUGUGAAUCUUGAUUCUCUCUGCAUUCUGUGCUGCCUCUUGCGUUUGAAGCUUUUUCUCCUGCAACAAUGGCGUCGAGAACCAAGACCGGGUUACUGGAGACUCCUCGGAGCAAACCAUCUCCACCAGCUCCUAGAGUGAGUAAACUUCCGGCUGCUAAAUCAGAUGGUAAUUCACCAUCUCCAUUGCCAAGCUCGCGUCUUUCUCUUGAUCGAUCCCCACAAUCAGUUAACUCGAAGCUUGUUUCUGAUCGGCGGAAUGCUAGGGUUCCUACUCCACCCGAGAAAGUGCAACCACGGUUGGGGUUGGUCAAGGGAUCUGAUCUGCAGGCUCAGCUGAAUCAAGUUCAAGAAGAUCUAAAGAAAGCCAAUGAGCAGAUAGAAUUUCUCAAGAAAGAGAAAGCUAAGGCACUUGAUGAUCUUAAACAAUCUGAGAAAUUGGCGGAAGAAGCCAAUGAGAAACUCAGAGAGGCAUUGGAAGCUCAGAAACGAGCUGAGGAAGUUUCCGAGAUUGAGAAAUUACGAGCAGUUGAACUGGAACAUGCGGGAAUCGAGGCUGUUCAGAAAAAAGAAGCGUGGCUGAAAGAGGUGGAAUCUAUCAGAAACCAGCACACUUUGGACAUUUCAGCUCUCCUCUCUACCACAGAAGAACUCCAGAGGGUUAAACAAGAAUUGGCCAUGACUGCUGAUGCCAAGAACAAGGCACUCAACCACGCCGAGGAAGCCACGAAGAUCGCGGAAAUUCAGGCCGAGAAGGUGGAGAUUCUUUCUUCCGAGUUAAGCCGUUUAAAGGUUUUUCUCGGUUCAAAGGAAGAAAAAGUGGGUACAGAAGGAAACGAGGUGGUUUCCAAGCUAAAAUCUGAAAUCGAAAUGUUGAAGGGGAAACUCGAGAAAGUUAGUAUCCUUGAGAAAACUCUGGAGGAGCAAGAAGGUGCCAUAGAACAGCUUCAUGUCAAUCUAGAAGCUGCUAAAAUAGCUGAAUCUUGUGCUAAUAACUUGGCAGCAGAGUGGAAGAAAAAGGUCGAUGAACUAGAAAAACAAGUUGAAGAAUCAAACAAGUUGAGGAGAUCUGCUUCAGAAUCUAUGGAGUCUGUUAUGAAGCAGGCAGAGGAAAACAGUCAGCUGCUGCACAAGGCAAAGUCAGACAAUGACACACUACGAGAAGCCCUAGAGAUGCUAGAGAUGACGAUUGAACAACAAAAACAAGAUCUCGAGGAAUCAGUACGCCAAGCCUGCAUCGCAAAGGAAGAAAGUUCUAAGCUGAAAAAGGUUAUCGAAUCAAUGAAAUCUGACCUUGAAACUGCGGAAAAGGAAAUGGCUAGGGCUUUGGACAAUGAAAAGGUUGCAACAGAAGAUAUUCAUAACCUAUUGAAAGAAAAGAGGGACCUUGAAAGCGAGUUGGAAAGCUUUAAGAAAAAAGAAGAGGAGAGCAAGGAAGCUAUUGAAAGCUUAAAGGUGGCUUUGCAGAAAGUAUCCAGUGAAGCAGAAGAGGCGAAGAAGAAGCUCCUGACAUGUGAAGCAGAGCUUGAGAGCCAUGUAGCUGAGAUUGAAAGUUUGAAGUUGGCUGUGAAAGAAACAAAUCAGAAGUAUGAGAAAAUGCUCGAAGAUGCAAGGCAUGAAAUUGCCGAUUUGACAAGUGCUCUCGAGGAUAACAAGCAUGAGUUCCAGAAUUCUAAGAAUGGGUGGGGACAACAAGAACUUCAUUUGAUGGAUCGUGUGAAAAAAUCAGAAGAAGAAGCUUCCUCUCUGCAGAAGGAAAUAAACAAGCUGGAGAAUUUGCUUAAAGAAAGCGCGGAAGAGGCACGUGCAGCAAAAGAAGAAGAAGCCACGUCCAGAAACAAUGUUAACGAACUCGAGGAGGAGGUUAAGUAUUUGCAGGAAAUUCUUGGAGAAGCGAAAGCUGAGAGCAUGAAGCUUAAAGAGAACUUCUUGGAUAAAGAAGAUGAGCUUAAACAUAUCACUGAAGAAAACAGCAACCUCAGAGAAAGGGAAUCCUCUUUGCUGGAGAAAAUCAUGGAGUUAUCAAAGGUGAAUGAAAGUUUGGUUGAUAAGGAAACCGAACUUCAGACCCUUAUUCAAGAAGCUGAGGAGCUCAGAGGAAGGGAGGCUGCUUAUCUUCAGAAGAUUGAGGAGUUAUCGAUAGCGACAGAAAGCUUGGUUGACAAAGAAACCAAACUUCAGAGCAUUAUUGAAGAAAGUAAUGAGCUCAGAGAAAGGGAGGUUGCUUAUCUUAAGAAGAUCGAGGAGUUGUCAAUGGUGAAUGAGAGGUUGGCUGAUAAUGAAACCCAACUGCAAACCAUUGUUAAGGAAAAUGAGGAACUCCGAGAAAGGGAGUCUGCUUAUCUUAAAAAGGUUUCGGAGCUGUCAAAGGUAAAUGAGAUCUUAGCAGAUAAAGAAACAGAACUGCAGAGCACUAUUCAUGAAAACGAGGAGCUCAGGGAAAGGGAGAUUGCUUAUCUGAAGAAAAUUGAGGAGUUGUCAAAGCUGCAAGAGCGUCUGCUUGAUAAAGAAAACGAGUUGCAGGGUUUGAUUCUUGAAAUCGAGGACCUCAAAGCAAAAAACACUUCAUCCCAAAAGGAGAUCGAGGAGUUAUCAGAUCUUAAUAAGAGUUUUCUUGUUAUAGAGAAUGAGUUACAUGGUGUCAUCUGCGAAAAUGUGGAGCUUAAGUCUAAGGAGGCUUCAUCACUUAAGACGAUCGAAGAUUUGUCAAAUCUUGAACAAAGUUUGCUCAAUAAAGAAAAUGAACUGAAGGCUGCUAUUGAUGAAAAUGCAAAGCUUAAGGCCAAAGCUGCUUCAUCUGUUCAGAAGAUUGAGGAGUUGUCAAAUCUUCACAAGAGUUUGCUCAUUAAAGAAAAUGAGUUAUAUGGUGUCAACUGCGAGAAUGAGGAGCUUAAGACUAAGGAGGCUUCAUCACUUAUGCAGGUUGAAGAGUUAUCAAAUCUUGAACAGAGCUUGCUCAAUAAAGAUAAUGAACUGAAGGCUUCUAUUGAUGAAAACGAAAAGCUCAAAGCCAAAGUUGCUACAUCACUUCAGAAGAUUGAGGAGUUGUCAAAUCUUAAGCAAAGUAUUCUGGAGAGAGAGAAUGAGUUGCGGGCUGUUGUUCAGGAAAACGAGGAGCUUAAAGCCAGGGAGGCGUUUUCUUUGAAGAAAAUUGAGGAAUUGCUACAUCUUGAGCAAAGUUGGCUUGAUAAAGAAAAUGAAUUUAAAAGAGUCCUUCAGGAAAAUCGUGAACUUAAAACACGGGAAUCUUCAGCGGUUCAGAAGAUAGAGGAACUGUCAAAGCUAAAAGAGAGUCUGCUUGAUAAGAAACUCGAGCUGCAGAGCAUUAUCAACGAUAAUGACGAGCUAAAAGAUAAGGAAACUUCAGCUCUUAAGAAGGCUGAGGAAUUAUCAAAGUUGCUUGAAGAAGCUUCCUCCACCAAAAAGAAACAAGAGGAAAAUGGUGAGCUCACCGACACUGAGAAAGACUAUGACUUGCUUCCAAAAAUUGUAGAAUUUUCUGAGGAAAACGGUAUCAGAAGUGGGGAAAAAACUGAGAUUUCUCAUGACGGAACCAGAGAUCAGAUCAUGCAAGAAAAUUUCGAGGAAGUGAUCGAUAAAGAGUUGGUGGAUGUUGUAGUUGAAGGCGACGGAAAAGGAAAACUGAAGGAAAGAGAUGAAGACACGGUGGAAGAGGAAUUCAAGAUGUGGGAAAGCUGCCAGAUAGAGAAGAAUGAGGUUUCAGAGACAGAGCGUGACUCGAUUGAAGAGGAAAUUGAAUCAAAAGCAGAAGGUGAUAACUUCGAUCAUGUCACCAAAGGGUUAUCGACGAUGGAAAACCUUGAUGAUCAUGGAAGUCUAUUGACAAAGGAUCAACAACUCAAGAAAAAGAAGCCUUUGCUCCGAAAAUUUGGAAAUCUGCUUAAGAAGAAGAGUACAAGCAGCAGCAGUAGCAGCAGCCAGAAGUAGAGGAUAUUGUGAGUGCACAAUGGAUAUAUGAUCUUUGCUGGUAAUAUUUUCCUUGGUUGAUUUGAUUUGCCUUUAAAUAUAAGAGUAUAGCUUAAAAUUCAAUAAGAAUUUUUUUUUAAAUAUAUGUUUUGUAUUAAUCCUAUUUUUAGGAUCUCAUUUUUUGAUUUGGGGUUAGAUUAAUUCCCAUGAAGCUGGAGACACCUACCUACCCUUUGAUA